UGUGGAGCCUUUUGGAUACAACCACUUCACAAAAGACAAUGAGAGGCUACCUGCUGACUGCAAUCUUUCUGCUGCCCUUGGUGGCCUCAGAGUCCGAGCACUGCCUAAUCAAGCAUGAACAUGAGAAAUGCAUGAAGAAGAUCAUGCUGCACAACCCCAGCGAUGACCUUGAAUCAAUGUGUCCAUGGAUGUGGGAUAACCUGACCUGCUGGCAGGCGGCCAAUGUUGGCGAAGUUGUGGUGUUCAACUGUCAGGAGCUCUUCCGUGACUUCAUAGACCCUGUGGAUGAGUUGGGGAAGGUCAGUCGUAACUGCACCGAGGACGGCUGGUCUGAACCUUUCCCUCACUAUGCGGAUGUCUGCUUCUUCUAUGAAAACAUCACUGAUCCUGGCACGUACUACCCCUCAGUCAAGGCCCUGUACACAGUUGGCUACAGCACAUCGCUGGUGUCUCUGACUACAGCCAUGGUCAUUCUCUGCAGGUUCAGGAAGCUCCACUGCACCAGGAACUUCAUUCACAUGAACCUGUUUGUGUCCUUCAUCCUGAGAGCCAUCUCAGUCUUCAUCAAGGAUGGGGUGCUGUACGCUCAGGAAGACCACUGCUUCGAACACACAGUGGCGUGUAAAGCAGUGAUGAUUUUCUUUCAUUACUGUGUCAUGUCCAACUAUUUCUGGCUGUUUAUUGAAGGUCUUUAUCUCUUCACUCUGCUGGUGGAGACUUUCUUUCCUGAAAGACGCUACUUCUACUGGUACACUAUUAUAGGAUGGGGAACUCCCACCAUCUGUGUCACUGUCUGGGCAGUUCUGAGGCUCCACUUUCAUGACACUGGAUGCUGGGAUACAAAUGAUAACACUGCCCUCUGGUGGGUGAUCAAAGGACCUGUUGUGGCCUCCAUUAUGAUCAACUUUGUCCUCUUUGUUGGAAUAAUCAUCAUCCUCGUGCAGAAGCUUCAGUCCCCUGACAUCGGAGGAAACGAAUCAAGCAUUUAUCUGCGUCUGGCUCGCUCCACCCUCCUGCUCAUCCCCCUGUUUGGUAUUCACUACACUGUGUUUGCCUUCUCACCUGAAGAUGUCAGCAAGAGAGAGAGACUAGUCUUUGAGCUAGGACUGGGAUCCUUCCAGGGCUUUGUUGUAGCUGUCCUCUACUGUUUCCUCAAUGGAGAGGUGCAGUCGGAGAUCAAGAGGAAAUGGCGCAGCUGGACGGUGAACAGGUACUUUGCUGUGGACCUGAAGCAGCAAAGGCACCCUUCGUUGGCCAGCAGUGGAGUGAACGGCGGGACUCAGCUGUCGAUCCUCAGCAAGAGCAGCUCCCAGAUUCGCAUGUCCAGCCCACUGGCGGAGAAUGUCAACAUCAGCCUCCCAACCUGA